GAGCAGUUCCUCGCCUGUAACUUCCCCAACCCUAAAGCCACAGAGACACAGAGAUCAAUGGCGGGCGAGAACAACCCCAAAUCCAAUUCCAACGACAACAACUACAGUAAGGGGAAGAAGAGGAAGUAUCUUCCGCAUGGGAAACCGGUGAAGAAGGGAUUGUAUCCGCUGCGCCCCGGCGUACAGGGGGUUUUCCUUACUUGCGAUGGAGGAAGGGAGCGCCAGGCGACCAAUGAAGCGCUUAAUCUCCUAGAAACCUACUAUGAAGAGCUAGUGCAUGGGAAAAAGUCAGUUGUUAAAUGUGGUGCUGUUCCUAGUAAACCAUUGAAUAAAAUAAUUAAAUUCAGGGAUUCUGAUUCUUCUAGUGAUGAAGAUGAGGAUAGUCCUCAUGCAGAUGAGUCAGAUGCUUCCCUACGAGAUCAUGGGGACCUACAAACAAAGAAGGUGAAAGAAGAUGCCUCUCCUAGUCAUGAAAAGGAACCAGAAAUGCAGAAACCUGCAGAAGAAAGUGAGGACUUACCAUCAAAGAAACAACGUGUCAAUACAUGUGCAGUUAAAAUGGAAAAUGUAGAAAGUACUAAAACUGAUGAUAAACCUAUUGAUGAGUUAAUUGAAGAUGAACUCAGAGAGCUAGGAGACAGGAACAAGAGGCAUUUUGUGAGCCUUGACUCAGGUUGUAAUGGUGUUGUCUUUAUUCAAAUGCACAAACGAGCUGGAGAUCCUAGCCCUACUGAGAUUGUACAGCACAUGAUGACUAAUGCUGCUUCUACAAAGAAGCAUAUGUCAAGGUUCAUACUGAGGGUUAUACCAGUUGAGUUGACAUGUUAUGCAUCAGAACAGGAAAUUUCAAAAGCAAUUAAACCAAUUAUUGAACAACACUUUCCUAACGAAGCUCCUAUUCCACAAAAGUUUGCAGUGCUAUAUGAAGCACGAUCUAAUACAGGUAUUGAGAGGAUGACAAUUAUAGAUGCAGUUGCAAAAUCUGUUCCUCAGCCACAUAAAGUGGACCUUAAGAACCCGGAUAAGACCAUCAUAGUCCAGAUUGUAAAGACUAUUUGCUUGAUAGGGGUGGUUGAAAGGUACAAGCAGCUUUCCAAGUACAACCUGAGGGAACUGACAUCGCCCAAGCAAUAGCAACAUCAAGCAACACAUCAAUAUAAGUUAUCUGAGCUCUCGUUUAUUUCCUUGAGAACCGAUGACAUGUUGCUAAGAGGAUUGAUGUUGAAAAAUUCCAAGAGCUCUACAGAAGUUUAGAAGUAUUGUCCGCGUGGUGUAACUGACCAGCCGUGUUCACCAAGAUUUAUGAUUUUCUAUUUUCAGGUCAAAAACUGAACUGGCGACAUCAUCUACGAGAACAAAACCUUAUUUCCGAACUUCCAUACGGAAGUUUGUUAUAUAUUUGAUUAAUUAUGUACUGAUGCAACACGCUAGGAAGAGUACAUGUUCUUUUUCCAUUCGAAGUAGUAUUUUAUUUCCUGCCAAAACUGUUAGAAUAACUAAAUGGUUAGUGGAUAUGUAUCACUAACCUCAUAAACUUGUUUCCACCAUUAUUGCUUAAAUAUUUGCAAUUUUGUGCUA